AUGCCUCACUUCAAAUUAGAUCCACAGUAUUCAUCAUCCUGGACCCAACGCAUUCUUGACCGAUUCCGACUCAGGCAGGGAACAUAUCAGAUCCCUCGUCUGGAAGCCGAUAAUGGAGAAAUGUUCCACCUGGAUACGCUUGUGCCAGAGAAUGCAGACCUUCCAGCGCCUCUCGAGCCCCUGAAGCUGGGAUGUCAACAAAACCUAGGGUCUAGACUACUGCAACUCCCGCCAGAGCUACUGAUCCAUGUCAUGCUAUUUCUGCCGCUUAGCGCUCUCUACAUGGUCCGCCAAACCUGCCAGACGCUGCGUGAAUUGACAAACGAUAUUGAGUUUGAAGAUUUUCAGCGGCACAUUCUGUUCCUUGAAGAAGAGACUUGGCGCAUCACUCCAAGUACAUGCGACCAGCUUCGGCUCAUCAAGCGAAUAUUCCUGCGAAGAUCACUGUGCGAACCCUGUGGCAAUCUCUUCUCCUCGGGUGAACUGGAAACCCGACUACAGAGACUUUGGCAACCUAUCCGUUGCGCUGGAUGUAAUCAAAACCACCCAGAACUUCUUUUCCCCCAAGGCAAGGAAAAAGGCAAUAUCUGUGUGGGAUUGCUGGGCCACUUUGCACUUUGCAAGCAUGUCAAAGUGUCGGCUAAGCUGCAACCGAAAUGCAAGGACGAGAUGGAUAUUCACUGCACAGAUCCCGAGCACUACUUUGCGAGUAGCAAAGAUGCUGAGCAAUCAUCAGCCGUCACGAGAUGUCACCCAAGCAUCCGCACUUCAUGCCUAGAAGGCAUACACGCGAUUGACUACUUUAGAUCUUUCCCAAUGGUCAAGAUCAAUCAACGACGAUUCCCAGGAAUGCCAGCACUGCAGGCGUAUCUUCUGAAGCAACUGAAGGAAAAGGGCGUUGAAGGGUUCUGUCAACAUGCGUCAACACAGAUCGAUUCCAUCGUGUCGUGUAUGAUAUCAGACGAAUGCAAUUGCUUCCCCGCCUCUGGGACACCCGUUCACAAACGCGAGGCCCCAUACGGCCCAAAGGCGCGGUGUCCAAACCACGGUUACAAUUGCCGCCAUUGCGGAGCACGUUACUUUUGGUUCUACGAAGGUGAUUACAUUGCUCUUAGGCUUGUGAUGCUCUCAAGGAACACCGGUCCAGAUAGCUUUGGGUGGCUUUCCAAUCUCACGUUUGAUACAGUCGAGCACCCAAUCUUCAACGACAACACCAAAAGUGUGCUCUGGUGCGAUGAUCCGUCAUGCGGCACGGGCAGCGGAAAUCGCUGGCUUUUGAUGGUGGAAAUACUAAAAAGGACUUCACUUCGACGUUACGGAGGGUAUCACCAAGUUCCUCCGCGGGACAGAUACUCUGCGCUGAGCUUACCAUUCACACUGGAAUAUCAAGUGUUCCAAGAUGCUGCGGAGUGGCCGACUGAACCAAACAUGCUAUCCCUAGACCUUCUUUUUCCAAUAGCCACUGCACUUGGUGUGCCCUCUGGUGUGAACAGACACUCAUAG